AGUUCUGUGAGCAGAAAUAAACAGAGGACGAGUCUGGCAGGCCUGGCUACAUUUUAUCCGUUUUGCUAUUUUGUUCUGAAAUCAAACCUGUUAGUGGUCUCGCCCAUCAGCUCAAACCCCCUCCAUCAACCUUGGGUUGUUGGUACAGUCCGUCAGCCCGCGAAACGGAACAACAACAACAUGGCGUCUAAAGCAGGUCGUCGAGGUACGAAACGCAAAGCGGAGGUUGAGGCUGAGGAGGAGCAGACGUCAACACAGAAGGAGACCGGAGAGGAGCACGUUGGCCAGCAAAACCUCAAGGUGGUUAUUGAACAUUGUAAAAGCUGACGAGUGUAUGGGCGUAAUGCCCAGGAGGUGAAGUCAGCCCUUCUGGCCAUCCGCCCUGGUCUGAGUGUGGUCAUCAACCCUGACAAACCCCGCAGGAACAGCUUUGAGAUCUCUCUGCUGGAUGGGGACAAAGAAACGUCCCUGUGGAGCGGCAUCAAGAAGGGUCCACCACGUAAAAUGAAGUUUCCACAACCUGAUGCUGUUGCAGCUGCUCUGCAGGAAGCCUUAAAGAGUGAAUAAACACACAGUAAAGCCGGGCAUCCAGAAGAUGACUAGAAGCAAAAAUGAUGAAGAGUGACCAAGGAGACUUUCUCAGUCCCUCUUCUGAAGAAGCCAGCUCUUUGACACCUUCUGGUUACGCGGUGACACCUGCUGGGGCAUCUUAGUAAAUACAGGAAGUCUCCUAGUGUCUUUCAAGUGUUUUAUUUCUCAAAAGUUGAGUGUUGCUGAUGUUAAAUAAAAUGUUACUUUGUU